GUGUGUGUGUGUGUGUGUGUGACUGAGCCUGCAUGGCUGUCUGUGUCACUCUAUUUCUGACCAGUUGCCCCGUCAGUGUAUGUGUUAGAGACAGUGAAGCUGUGUGCCUUGUUCUGGUCAACUGGAAUUGAACAGAGAGCGCCAACUUAAGGUGGAAUUACAACACGAUUCAACAAGUGAAGCCAUUUCAAGGUCCACAGUGUCACUGUUUCUGUUUGUUGUUGGGCGCCUUCCUCACCUCCACACAUCUGGCCGACCGCUCUCUUCACCUGACCCUUGACCCCUGCUCCCUCCACAGUUGGCUGCCAUGGCACUAUCCUCACGCUUAAAACUAUGGGAACAAAAGAUCAAGGAGGAAAACACGCCCCCACCGGUCCAGCCCCCUCCCCCUGUCUCCGUCGUGCCGGGAGGCUUCCUCAAGCAGCUGGUCAGAGAGACGGAGAAGGAGAUCAAACAGAAAGAGCCGGAAAACAAGUCGGAGGACAAACCGCAGCCCAGCAAGCUGAGUGAUAAGCUGGUCCAGCAGUUCCUGGCACCAGACGAGACUCCACCUAUCCUGGAGGCUGAGAUGGCUCUCCGCGCCGAGCAGGUGCUCAACGGCGAUAACGGUCGCCACAUGAUUCCGCCCAUGUCCGAGAAGAAGACACCCAGGAGGGUGCUGUCGCCGGCCUCGUCCAAACCCACGUCGCCCGAAGCCACGUCGCCGAAGCCCGACAACAUGCUGGGGUCAGCGAAGAGCUCGGACAGCGUGGAAAGGACCCGUUCAACAGAGCAGGCCAAUCUACAGCAGACUCGGUCACCUGACCAGGCCAAACCACAGCAGGUGGAGAAGAAGGAUAAGAAAGUAGAGCUGAAGCAGAAGGAGGAACAACAGCAAAAGAAAGAGCAGAAGAAAGAGUUGAAGAAGGAGGUGAAGAAAGAGGGGAUGCCGGAGGAAAGGCAGGAUCCAGAGGGGCAACAGGCAGAGAGCAUCGUCACAGAGCAGCCCAAGAAACAAGAACCACCGCAGAAAGACGUGUGGUAUGAGGCUGGAACUGUGUGGCUGGUCCAGAAAGAUGGCUUUGCACUUGCGACACACCUGAAGCCUGACGAGGGAACAAUGGAGCUUCCAGACGGGAAGGUGAGGGUGCGUCUGGAGAGAGACGGCUCCAUUCAUGAUGUCGCACCCUAUGACAUAGAGAAGUUGAACCCAGCAGAGCAGAACCUGUGUGAGGACCUGAGUGAGCUCCAGAGUGUAACGGAGUGCGGUGUUCUCCACACACUGACCAGCCGAGCCAAAGCCCACCUGCCACUCACACACGCCGGACCCAACCUGCUUACCCUCUGGCCCCCGGUACCUCCUCCAGGCAAGAGUCACCGUGCGCGGCGCUGGGAUGGUAUCUGGGAUGCUCCGUCUCAGCUGCAGGCGUUGGCGAGGCGCGUGUACGUGUCGAUGGUGGGCACGCGCCGGGACCAGAGCGUGGUGCCACUGGGCCGCACUGGAACGGGCAAGACCACCGCGUGCCAGUCCUUCUGCCAGGAGCUGCUCAAGCAGGCCGGCACUGCCGGAGACACACUCACAUCGGAGAAGCUGCAGGCUGUGUUUACGGUGCUACGCUCCUUCGGCUGUGUGAGUUCCCCUCACAGUGACGCAUCGUCCCGCUUCGCCAUGGUGCUCUCCCUGGACUUCAACCAUGCUGGACAUGCAGCUGCAGGACAUCUACAGACUCUGAUGCUGGAGAAGUGGAGAGCAUGUCGGAGGAUGGAGGGCGAGAGCAACUUCCUGGUUUUCGCUCAGAUGCUGGUUGGCCUGAACACAGAAAUGAGGACAGAGCUGCAGCUCCAUCAGCUGGGUGAGGCCAACUUGUUCGGUAUCACUGCGCCAACCAAGGUGGAGGAGAAGCAGAGGGCGACGGUGGGCUUCGGAAGACUGUUGGCUGCCAUGGAUACGCUGGGUUUCACCGCCAACGAGCAGCGGGCCAUCUGGCACGUGCUGGCCGGAAUUUACCACCUGGGGGCCGCCGGGGCCUGCAAAGUUGGUCGUAAGCAGUUCAUGAGCUUUGACAGUGCUCAGGUGGCCAGUUCGGUGCUGGGCUGUGAAGGGGAGGAUCUGCACACCGCUGUCUUCAAGCACCACCUGCGGCAGCUACUACAGAGGGCCACCGGGGGCACCAGAGAGCGACACACUGCUGACGAGCAGGAAGAUGGCCAUAAGCUGACACCAACUCAGUGUGUGGAAGGAAUGGCCUCAGGCCUCUACGAGGAGGUCUUCACAACUGUGGUCUCUCUUAUCAACAGGGCGCUGUGCUCCCAGCAGCUGACGCUGGCCUCAGUGAUGGUGGUAGACGCUCCGGGGCUGCGCAACCCUCGCUACAGCGGAGAGGAGAGGGCAGCCGGCUUCUCCGAGCUCUGCCACAACUACCUGCAGGAGCGCCUCCUGGAUCACCACUUCACACACACCUUCACACACACACUGGACAGGUACACACAGGAGAAAAUUAAGGUGGAUUUCGUCGCCCCGGAGACGAGCCCUGCUGAGGUGGUGUCGGCCAUCGAUCAACCUGCCCUCCAGGUGCGGGCAGCGGACGGGGACCCCCGCGGGCUGCUCUGGCUUCUGGACGAGGAGCUCAUCACUCCGGGGUCUACCGAGAGCGCCGCGCUGGAGCGACUAAGCCAGUACUUCAGCGACACAGUGCGUCAGUGUGAGCAGCCUCUUCAGUGUGAGAUCGCCCAUCAGCUGGGUGCUGACCCGGUCCGCUAUGACCUGACCGGCUGGUUCGGACUGCUCCAGAACAACCCCUCUGCCCUCAACGCUGUGUCUGUGCUGCAGAACUCCACUCUGACGUUGGUGAAGAGUCUGUUCUCUGCGCGCGCCGCUGUGCCCCCCCUGUGUCGCGGUCUGGGGGGGAUGGAGGGGGGGUCUCAGCGCUCUCUGGAGCGGAGCGGAGCGGUCAGGAAGACCUUCAGCGCCGGCAUGGCCGCCAUCAGGAGACACUCACACAGCAUCUCAGUUAAACUGCAGGCGGAUGCUCUGGUGAAUCUAAUUCGCCGUGCUUGUCCAGUCUUCCUGCAGUGUGUGAGUGCAAAGGCAGAUGCAGCAGGAGCAUUUGACAUUCCAGCACUCCGCACCCAGCUCCACUCCACCAACACCCUACAGACCCUGCAGCUGUACCGCACAGGUUACCCGGAGCACAUGUCUCUGAGCGACUUCCGCUGCCGUUUCCAGGCGUUGUCUCCCCCAGUGAUGAAACGCUACGGCUCUGUGUUCAUCACGCCUGACGAGAAAAAGGCAGUGGAAGAGCUGCUUGUGGAACUGGACCUGGAGAAGAAGAGUACUAUCCUGGCAGUCAGCAGGGUGUUCAUGAAACGGGGAAUGUUGCAGUAUCUGGAGCAGCAGAGAGACCAGCUCCUGAGCGACUGGCUAGUGCAGCUGCAGGCCUGCUGUGAAGGUCAUCUGGCUCGCCAGCGCUACCGACGCAUGAAGGUUCAGCAGAUGGCCGUGAGGUGCCUCCAGAGGAACGUCCGCGCGCUGACGGCCGUGUCCAGCUGGUGCUGGUGGAAACUGCUCUGCAGAGUGCGCCCCUUGCUGGACGUUAACAUAGAUGACCACAAGUUCCGCACCAAAGACGAUGAGAUUACUGCUUUGCGAAGACGUCUGGAGAAGUCAGAAAAGGAGAGAAAUGAGCUUCGACAGAAUGCAGACAGUCUAGAGACAAAGGUGACGGCCAUCUCAUCUGACCUGAGUGAUGAGCGUUUCAGAGGGGAGGCGGUGAGCCAGGCCCUGGAUGUGGAGAGGGCUGAGAGAUUACGACUGAGCAAAGAAAACAAGGAACUACAGGCACGUCUGGAUCAGUGUAAAGUGUCUAUUGAGGCGUUAGAGAGGCAGCUGGAGGAGGAGAAACAGAAGGCUGAGAGCCGAGAGAAAGCAAGUGUACCUGGAACAGAGAGUGAGAUGCAACUGCAGCUUGACUGUGCACAGACAGAAGUGGAGUUUCUACGCAAACGACUAAAGCAGACAGAAGAGAGACUGGAAUCAGAGAGGCAGAACAAGGAGUUACUGGACACUAAGGUGUUGGAGCUGCAGGCUCAGCUGGAGCAGUCCAAGCGGUCACUGACGGAGCUGAAACGCCACUGUCGACGUGUGACCUCUGACCUUCAAGACGCACGUGUGCUCACCGACAGCCUGCAGGGACGCACGCACGAGCUGGAGAGGAAACAGAGGAGGUUUGACAGCGAGCUGACCCAGCAUCUGGAGGAAGCUGAGAGUGAGCGUGAGCAGAAGGAAAAAUCUCUACAGGAGAACACGGCCCUGGGGGCCCAGCUCUUCACACUGAGACGCACGCUCACGGAGAGCCAGGCGGAGGUGAGUCGUCUCCAGCAGCAGAAGGAGGAGCUGUGUGCUCAGAUCAGAGACCUGAGUGUUCCGGCAGCAGUCACCAGCGACUCCAUCCCUGAGCUCAAGAAGCAGCUGCGGGAGCUGCAGACGCACGACUCGGACAAGGCCCACGAGAUCAGCACACUCAAGGGCAAGAUACAGCAGCAUCAACAGAUGCACCUGCGCUUUGAGAUGGAGAUGGAGCGCAUGAAGCAGAUCCACCUGAAGGAGCUGGAGGACAAAGAGGAGGAGCUGGAGGAUGUGCAGAGGUCAUCUCAGAGACGGCUCAGGCAGCUGGAGAUGCAGUUGGAGCAGGAGUAUGAGGAGAAGCAGAUGGUUGUCCACGAGAAACACGACCUGGAGGGCCUCAUCGCCACCCUGUGUGACCAGGUGGGUCACAGAGACUUUGACGUGGAGAAGCGUUUGCGUCGGGACCUGAAGCGGACUCACGCUCUCUUGGGUGACGCUCAGCUGUUGUUGUCCACUAUGGACACCCCAGGAAAGCCCGUCGUCCCUGGCAACAAGGACGAGCUGGAGCGCUUGCACUUCCAGCUGGAGGAGAGCGAGGCGCGGCGUCUGGAGGCUGAGAGUGUCCAGAAGACUCUGGCCAUGGAGUUGGAGAAUGCACAGCUGGAACUGGACAACAUCUGCAAACACAAGAGCCUGGUGGAUGAGCAGUUGUCUCAGCUGCAAUAUGAGAAGACUGAUUUGCUGAAGAGACUAGAGGAAGACCAGGAAGAUCUCAACGGACUCAUGAAAAAGCACAAGGCCCUCAUCGCACAAUCUUCCAGUGACAUCACUCAGAUCAGAGAGCUACAGGCUGAGCUGGAGGAGGUCAAGAAGGAGAGACAGACUCUACAGGAGGAGCUGCAGCAGAGUGUGACGCGGGUCCAGUUCCUGGAGUCGUCCACAGUGGCGCGCAGCAUCGUCAGCAAGCAAGAGGCCCGAGUGUGUGACCUGGAGAACAAACUGGAGUUCCAGCGUGGACAGGUCAAGAGGUUUGAGGUGCUGGUGUUGCGUCUGCGGGACAGCGUGGUGCGUCUGGGCGAGGAGCUGGAGCAGGCGGCGGAGGCGGAGGCUCGUGAGCGGGAGAGCUCGCAGUACUACCAGCAGCGGCUCCACGACAUGAAGCUGGAGAUGGAGGACCUGCUGCUCAGAGACCAGGACAGCAGCCGCCGCCGCAUGGAGCUGGAGAUGCAGGUGGAGGAGCUGACUGCAGUCCGGCAGACACUGCAAGCCGAUCUGGAGACAUCCAUCCGUCGCAUCGUGGAUCUGCAGGCUGCCCUGGAGGAGGUGGAGUCCAGCGAUGAGAGCGAUGAUGAGAGUGUUCGGACGGCUGUGGAGUCCUUCACGCGAAAGCGAGACCUUGACAGCAUAUCCAGCGUGGGGUCGGUGGGCACGGAGGAUGUGGGAGAGGGCAUCCGCACCUGGCUUGGGGUUCCACGGGGUCGAAGGUCAAGCUCCCCCUACGGUAGUGGAAGCACCACAGGACGCCAGUCUGCCACGGAUACGAUGAGCACAUACAGCUUCCGGUCUUGUGCUCAGGACCUGGAGGACGACUCUUCGGAGCGGGGUGGCGAGCGGGGUGAGAGCGGCGGCACAGGUGGUCUGGGCCGGGCGUCCUCGUCCUCUGCGUUGUCCGAGCUUCUGGAGGGCCUGCGGAAGAAGCGGGCCAGCUGGCAGAGCGGCUCAGAGGCCGGUGAGGGCAGCGCCGUGUCCCUGCCCAUCUACCAGACCACCGGGGCGUCCACUCUCCGCCGACGGCCUUCCGCCCUCUCCCUCGGCCCGGACGACAUCGACAACGAGUCCCUGGACGGCUCCGGCUCGGCUACUCCGACCCCGUCGACCCUCGCGCCGCCACGGCCGGGCAUCCUCAAGCCCCCCAGCCCCCGCCUGUCCCGCGCAUCCAGUCUGCGCUCUCUGGACGAGCAGGGGCCGGCAGGGUCCGGCUUAGGGGCACCCUCUGGUGGCGGCGCGGGGAAGCUGAGCCGCUUCAGCUCGUCCGACUCGCUGGCGUCGGUGGCGUCCUCUGUCACGUCGUCGGUGGCCGGAGGCGCCCGCCGGACACUGCCCACACUGUCCAUCCCCGAAGAGAGCGACGAAGAGGCCCGGCUCAAGCCCAUCCUGUCCGGCGCCACCUUCCAGCCAAUCAGACGCCGCCUGCUGGGCGGGCUCGUGGCGGAGGGCGGUGAGGGUCAGCUGGGGUCCGAGUCACUGGUGUUCCAGAACCGCCGCAUGGUCGACCCCGAGACGAGCCCGGAGAGGGGGCGCGGGGUCCUGCGCUCGACCGACACCGGCGACGCCGCCUUGGACAUCCUCCCGGCCAUCCGCCGCGCCCAGUCCACCAGCAGUCUGGCUGGCGGCUCACAGCGCGGAGGAAACCGGCGGGCCCUCAGCGUCCACUUCGGUGAGCUACCGCCCUCGUCCCGGGCCUCGCGCCGCGGCUCCUCCUCGGACUCGGACUCGUCCAGCUCAGGGGGGUCACAGAAGCGGCGGGGGCCGCAGGGAGAGCGUCUGGAGGCAGAGGGCAGCGAGGCGGCCGACGUCAGCUCCGUCAUGAAGAAGUACCUCAAGAGGGCUGAGGUCGACUGAGGUGAGCGAGCGCGCCCGACGAUGACGACACGUGAAAUGACACCCGCUAAUCAACACUCAAGAGCGAGCCCGACUCCUAAUGCAGCGAAGAAUCACCACUUCGAGAACUUUCGGAGGGAGGAAUAUGAACUACACAAGUUAGGGGUCGCCCUCAAUGGGGCAGGUGCUGUGUACGGACCUGAGUGAGUGCGAGCGAGCAUAGAGGCUAAUGUUUCUGUGACGCACUUGUGAAACCAUAUUCACCGUGACGCUGUUUUCGCUAUGUGAAUAAACUAGCAUGGAGUUGCAUUGUUUGUUGUCACAUCACAUGCCUUAAAGUGUCUGUAGAGACCACGCCAGCCUUUGUCUGCUGUGCUUUAAGUAGCAGGUCCGACUCAGCUCCCCCUGAGAGGGACAACACUCCACCGUCAGGAGGAAAAGCACAAAAAAAGUACACCUGAAAUUAAAACACUUUGUACACAAGAAUAAAAAUAAACAUGUAAAA